AUGGCCGAUCUCCAGUGGGUAAACGAUGAGCUCUAUUCCGUUCUUGGCAUGAGCGACCGUAAUGCCGCUGAAUUUCUUCUUUCGAUGGCGAAAAAAUCCGAUGGCGUUGAAGAUCUUCUCGAACGUAUCCGUGACACCGACACCCUGGACACCAGUUCUGCUGAGGUACGCCGAUUCGCCUCCCUUUUGAUGGAACGCGUGCCAGGACGAGCCAGAGGUCCAUCAGCGACGUCACUACAUCAACAGAAAGUGCAACAGUACCUUCAGAAAAACAGGGAGUACACUUUAUUGGAGAGCAGUGAAGAUGAAAUCCCCAUAAAACCUGUGGUGAAAAAGAAGAGCGCGAAAACCAAGAAAAAAGAUGAAAAGAAAACGCCCAAGAAGCCGGAGGAAUCUGAGGACGAGGAGGACGAGGAGACGGAGCGCUUACGGGACCUUCAAGAACGGGACGCAUUCGCGAAGAGGCUCCUCGAAAAGGAUAAGGCAAAAACCCGUAAGGUUGCUACUGCCAACGAUAAGAAGUCGUUCGAACGGGCAGCGAAGAGACUCAAACUCGAGAAGGAGGACCGAGAAUCAGUUCUGCCGAAGUUGAGGAUCGAUUCACGACGACAGUACCUCGAGAAACGUCGAGAAGACAAAUUAGUCUUGCUCGAGCAGGACAUCGCGGACGAGGAGUUCUUGUUCGGGGAUCAGAAACUCACGGAGAGGGAGAAGCGCGCGUUGGAGGAGAAGAAGAGACUGCUCGAGAUAGCUAAAGCUCACGAGAGCGCCAAGGAAUUGGAGCGAGUUUCCAGAUACGUGAUGCCAAAGGACAACAAAGUAUCGACAUACGUUGAAGUUGACACGAAAGAGAAGGCUCCGAACUCGGAACAGCUGAAGUGGGAGGAGGAGCGGCUCGCGCAAGCGAUAUUCACUUCAGGAGCGAAGAAGAAACAGCAAGCCGAGAACUAUGAUGAGAAGUACAAGCUAGUCAUCAGCGAUCCCAUAGAAUUCACGAAAGCGUUCACCGAGGCCGGCUCAAAGAACCAGGAAUCGGCCGAACCGGAGCUGUCACAAAGAGAGAAGAAGAAAAUGUCGAUUCAAGAAGUACGGAAAUCAUUGCCAGUGUAUCCCUUCCGGGACGAGCUCCUGAGAGCCGUCGAAGAACAUCAGGUCCUGAUCGUAGAAGGUGAAACCGGCUCGGGGAAGACGACGCAGAUCCCUCAGUAUCUCUACGAAGCCGGCUACACAGGGGGGAAACAGAAGAUGAAAAUAGGCUGCACUCAACCCCGAAGGGUCGCAGCCAUGAGCGUCGCGGCUCGGGUGGCUGAAGAAAUCGGAGUGAAACUUGGGAACGAGGUCGGUUACUCGAUCCGUUUCGAGGACUGCACCUCUGAACGCACAGUGAUCAAGUAUAUGACCGACGGGAUGCUCCUCAGGGAGUUUCUUGCCGAACCCGACCUGGCAAGCUACUCGUGUCUUAUCAUCGAUGAAGCUCACGAGCGGACGCUCCAUACCGACAUCUUGUUCGGAUUAGUCAAGGACAUAGCGAGGUUCCGAUCUGACCUGAAACUGAUCAUAUCAUCCGCGACGCUGGACGCCGCGAAAUUCUCUGAAUUCUUCGACGACGCUCCGAUCUUCAAAAUUCCCGGCCGUCGCUUCCCGGUCGACAUUUACUACACGAAAGCGCCGGAGCCCGAUUAUGUCGAUGCAGCGGUCGUCACCGUUCUGCAGAUUCACAUCACGCAACCUCUCGGCGAUAUCCUGGUUUUCCUGACGGGUCAGGAAGAAAUCGAAACGUGUCAGGAAUUGCUCCUGGAAAGGACGCGGAAGCUAGGCUCGAAAAUUCGUGAACUCGUGAUCCUCCCCAUCUAUGCUAACCUACCAUCGGAUAUGCAAGCCAAAAUCUUUGAACCUACUCCGCCGGGAGGGCGCAAAGUUGUGCUAGCGACGAACAUCGCCGAAACCUCGUUGACUAUCGACGGAAUUAUUUACGUUAUCGACCCCGGUUUCUGUAAACUGAAUAGUUACAACGCGAGAACCGGAAUGGACAAUCUAACGGUAGUCCCGGUCUCUCGUGCUUCGGCGAAGCAGAGGGCGGGCCGUGCUGGACGAGUGGCUGCCGGGAAAUGCUUCCGUCUCUACACGUCAUGGGCUUACGAGAACGAGCUGGAGGAGAACACCGUUCCUGAAAUCCAGAGAGUGAAACUGGGCAAUGUCGUCCUCAUGCUCAAAUCUCUGGGAAUACACGAUCUGAUGAAUUUCGAUUUCCUCGAUCGACCGGCACAUGAAGCCCUGGUCCUCGCUCUCGAGCAACUCUAUGCUUUGGGAGCCAUCAAUCACGUCGGUCAACUAUCGCUCUUCGGACGUCGAAUGGCCGAGUUUCCGGUCGACCCGAUGAUGGCGAAAAUGAUACUCGCCAGUGAGAAAUACAAGUGCUCAGAGGAGAUUCUUACAAUCGCCGCGAUGUUGUCUGUGAAUUCUGCAAUAUUCUACAAACCAAAGGACAAGGGAGUUCAUGCUGACACGGCUCGGAGAAACUUUUUCCAAGAGGGCGGGGAUCAUCUGACUUUACUCGCGGUGUACAACCAGUGGGCCCAGACGGGCUUCUCAACGCAGUGGUGCUAUGAGAAUUACAUCCAGCAUCGGUCCAUGCGGCGGGCAAGAGAUAUCCGUGACCAGCUGGAAGGACUCAUGGAACGAGUGGAAGUCCCGCUGAUCUCCAGUAAUGGAGACUCUGUCGCUAUCCGUAAAGCCAUCACCGCGGGAUAUUUCUAUCAUACGGUACGACUCUCUAAAUCAGGACAUUACAAAACAAUCAAGGAACAGCAGACCGUUUUGAUCCAUCCAACGUCCUGUCUCUUCGAAGACUUACCCAAAUGGAUUAUCUACCACGAUUUAGUGUUUACGACAAAAGAAUACAUGCGUCAGAUCAUUCCCAUCGAGAACAAAUGGCUCUUGGAAGUUGCUCCGCAUUACUAUCGAGCCAAAGAUUUGGAGGAGCAAAAAAUGCCGAAGCGUCGGAAAUGUCAUGUUCUGAAGCAACAUUCGUCGAAGCGCCAGGAACAGAACGUGAAAGCAUCGCUUCGGCUUCAACUCCAGACGAUCGACUCCGCUGAACUUGGAGUUGUACCGGUCGCGGUCCUGCAAAGUCGCGAAUUCAUCUGUGUUCAAACGAAGGCGUUGCGGAGUCUGAAGUCUCCUGUCAUCACGGAGUACCUCAUCAUGUUCAGUGAAGGCACACGAUGCUGA